GACACGGGAACGAUCCGAUGGCUAAAGUAAAGAAAAUGACCCCCGAACAGGUGGUAGCGCUCGAUCUUGAACUAUGCAACCUCUGCCAAAUCCCCAAGGGUGUUUGUAGGGGACCUCUUCAUAAACACAUAAUGGACAGACGAGUAUAUCUCAAGGCCACUACCAAGGAAUUGGCAACACUGCAGGAGAAAAUCGACGCACUAGGGGACGCGGAACCUAUGAUUGGUCUUGAAUUCAUCAUCCAGUAUGCCCCGGAUGUAAAGGGGGUCCUUACGUAUCAUUGCGAACUGUGCAACGUUUUUUUUAAAAUUAACCAGAGCUUUAGCCAUAUUACUGGAUCUAGUCAUCGGCUUAUGUACUUGAAAACAAAGGGUUUCGAGGAAAAGACUCUUCACUUUAAGACCGUGCAGCAAUAUGAAGAAUUUGUGAGGAGGUGCAAGUUUGCUGAGAAAUUUUGGGGAAGUAAUAAGAUAAAGGUGGUAGAAGAGCUUGCUCCAAUACCAGCCAAUGCACAAGCUAAAGAUGGACAGAGUCCAACCUUUCUAGAAUUAAAAUCGGCUCAUGAAGCCAAACUGAAAGCCGCACAGGACAGUGGUGGAAAAAUUAAGGUGGAGGUGCCCAAAUGUGACGUGGACAGUUUCAGCUGCAAUGAGGAGCUGUUUGAAUUCUUGGGAACCUUCUCUGUAGAAAGUGAACGCGACGUCCCCUUUGUCAUGAAAGUCUCACAGGCCUUUGCUAAAGCCCUGGUGCAACACAAACGUCUGCAAGCGUUAAAACUACUUGUUUCUGCUAACAGAAAGAAAAUGCAAGAAGAGAAGAAGGCAUCUACAAACCAACCGAAAGAUGGUCGCCGGCCAAUGACAGACUCUCAACGUGCACACAUGGCGAAUAGAAAAGCACAUUUGGCAAUAAAGCAGAAGGAUUCUACCGGAGUCUUGGUGGAUGUCCGUGGACCAGGCUUCAAGUAUAAAAAGCAGAUUGGUUACGGAAAAUAUAACCCCGGAGCAGCUGCCAGAGCCCAGCCAGGUAAACAAGGUCCUGACUACAAGAAUAAAAUGCAGAGUGGAACAAAGAACCCAGAAGCAGCUGCCGGAGACCAGAAGGGGGAACAAGGUGCUGCCGACCAGCCUAAAAAACCGACUGAUUACGGAACAGAGAACCCUGCAGUAAUUCGUAUGUUACAACAGCUGGAGGCUGUCAAAGCAAUGCAUAUUCAACGAGGUCCUGCCUUCAAUCUGCGUGGUUCUGGAGCACAAAACCCUAGAGGACGUGGAUCUCACCAGAACCAGGGGAAUCCCGGACGUCCGUUUAUGAGCCAGAAAUCGUUUUAUGGGCCAGGAGCAGGCAACAAACGUAAAGGACCCCCCGGCUAUCAGCCAGGAGCCCAGCGGCCCAGCAAGUUUCCUGCUAGAGGCGCCUUCUUUCCCUCCAGAGGCCGCGGUGCUGACAGAAGAGGUUUACCGGCAGGCUCAGCCCACUAACACCGGUCUCACCACAUUAUGGGGAGCCCAUCUCCGUGUUAUGGGACAUGGGAGACUGACAGGAGAGGGAAUACCGACAUCUGCAGAAAUAUCCAAGAAAAUAGAGAUUUUAUCCUAAGUGAAAGCUUCAGUGAGUUCCAGCAAUGUUACCAGUCAUACACCUGUUCUACAGUGACUGCAUUCAUAAGGGUUUAUAGUAUAACAUGGGGCCUCAUGUAUAAUAGUUCUGUAACCCAUAGCAACCUACCUGAUAGUCAUUUCCUAAGUUGUACUAGAAAGUUGGAAUCCUGUUGCUUUUGGAAACAGCACAUAGCAAAAUAUGGGUGAUUCAUUUUGUGCAGUGUUGUCUUUAUUAAUGUACAAUAAAUGUACCCCCUUUCUUAUCAA